AUGUCACUCGCGCCCGGAUUUACUGCUCAUUGGCGUCUGGUCUGCAAAGCCCAGGAAGAACGUCUAACCAUGAACGGGAGGAAAGUGUCUGACUACACCCCAUUGCGCCACGACCUGCCUCUUGAAAGCGAGUCGGACUCGUGUACAACGACAGACGGAUAUUACUCGGACUUAAAUGGCGACGACACUAGUGAAAAAGGUCACUGCCAGAACUGCCUCAGCAAGGAAUUGUUCGAGAAAAAGAUUUCCGACCUCGACGCCGCGAUACAAGCAGCUCAACAAAUCGCGCUGGCCAACGCAGAACAAUACAAGAAGGCUUUCCUAAAACGCCAGGGAAUAAGUGAAAAAUACGAAGAGUUGAAAAAAGAAUUGAACCGAGCCUUGUACCUUUUAGGGGAAGUUCUCUUUAAAGAGGACCAAGUUAGUCGACUUCGGGUCGAUUUCCUCGUGGGACGCCAUCCUCAACUGUUCACGAAGCUGGCAGGAGCGCCCACCUUUCCAAAAUGA